CGAACCGAGCUCACACCAGCACUAUACAAUUCCUAUGUUGAUCUCAACGUGUGAUCUGUAGGACACGUAUAAAUACAGUGGGCUGCUUUCGAUAUUGUCAUUCUUUUCCGAUGAAGGAAAACCCUAGCGCUACACCCCAAUCAAGCUCCUGUACCCCAUCGAUAAAGGAUUCGGCUAUCAGAUCUCACGUUUUGCAUCGUGUAAUUUGAAUUUUUCUUUAUAAAGAUUUUAGGCCUUAUAUGUAGCAUGUAUAGAUCAGAUUUAGAUUCGUAGUCUUUCAUGAUUGUAAUUCUCAUUCACAGAAUCGUGAAUGAGCUAUAUGUUUUUUAGGUUGUCUUUUUCACUUUCUUAUUUCGAAUUUCACGCGAAUUCUUUUUAUAUAGCGUUGUAAUUGAUGUAUCGUAGUCAGGAUUAAGGUUUUGUUUGGGCGUUGAGAGUAAUCGAUGGAGAUGCAAAAUUCUCGUAGGCCAUUUGACAGAUCCAGAGUCGAGCCAGGGCUGAAGAAGCCGAGGUUAGCUGAAGAUCCUUCUACGGAUCGUGCCUCGAAUGGAGGGAGCACGAUACAGCCACGGUUGUUAGCUUCCGGCUCAGUAGCUUCAAGAUUUCGAGCUGGUGAGAGAGGAGGGGAUUCCGAGAGUAAUGAUUCUGUUCGUGGAGCGUAUCCACAACUACAACAGCAGCUUAAUCAUCAGGAGCUGGUCAGUCAGUAUAAGACAGCUUUGGCCGAGCUUACAAUCAAUUCAAAACCAAUAAUUACCAAUUUAACUAUCAUAGCUGGAGAGAGUAUGGCAGCUGCAAAGGCUAUUGCAGCCACCAUCUGUGCCAACAUUCUUGAGGUUCCGAGCGAUCAAAAGCUCCCAUCUCUCUAUCUUUUGGACAGUAUUGUGAAGAAUAUUGGGAGGGAUUAUAUUAAGUAUUUUGCUAUCAGGCUACCUGAGGUUUUCUGCAAGGUGUACAGACAGGUGGAUCCAUCAAUACAUUCUAGCAUGCGGCAUCUUUUUGGAACUUGGAAGGGUGUAUUCCCUCCACUAACACUUCAAUUGAUAGAGAAAGAGCUUGGAUUUACAGUGGCCAAUGGUUCAUCUUCUGGGACAACUAGAAAUGAGUCGCAGAAUUCUCGUCCUGGACGUAGUAUUCAUGUUAAUCCCAAGUAUUUGGAGGCUAGGCAGAGCCUGCAGCAGCCACCCCGGGCUAAAGGAACUGCGGGUGGCAUCAGUUCAAGUUAUGUAAGCUCACCUGAGGACGUUGAUAGACUGGAGAGAAGAAGCAGUGUUAGUUCUGGUCCUGGAAAAUCAUGGGUGGAUCCUCCUAUUAAGAAUAUUAACCAUCUUCAGAAAAGUCAGUUCAAUGAACCUGUCACUGAGAAAGCCUUAAAUGCAGAGAAAACUGUGAAUGUAUCAUAUGCAGAUUCUACAUAUGGUUCUGAGAUGUCAAGGCGGCCUAUAUUACUUGCAGAAAGAACUAGUGAAAAAUACAAGAAACAAGGAUUUGACAAACCUUGGUAUGAUUCUGACAGCAGUGCCGCAGGCUUAAUCUCGGGUGAAAGGAAUGGUUAUGAUCUCAAGCAUGGUUUUCAAAACUAUCCCACCCACAAAUCUGCAAGUGCUGAAGUAUAUCCACAAGAUUCUACCAAUAGAGUUAGCCCUGGGUUGAAUGGGAGCUGGAAAAAUUCUGAUGAGGAAGAAUAUGCAUGGGAUGAUAUGCAUUCGAGAUUGCCCAAUCAUGCUAUUGCGAAAAACACUGUUAAAGAUCAUUGGGCAAAUGAUGAUGUUGAAAGAGCGGAUUUGCAAACCCAGCUACGGAGAUUUCAAAGCAAAAGGGAUGCUGGUGUGUCUGGCUUCCAUCCUGAUGCUUCAACUGUUUCAUCAAUUGGGGGAGAGGGAUCACCACUGUGGCCAAGAGAGGUGCAAACAUCAGAUACUGUUACUGCUUCAGAACUGGCUUCUAGAGGCUUUUUGAGGCACUCUGAGGGCUAUGAUAAUUCUCUCAGUGGUAGGUUUCCAAAUGCUGUGAAUCCGAUUUCCCAAACGAGAUUUGGACUAUCAUCAUCAAAUGCUCUGCCUCUUUUGGAAAAGGAGUCUAGGGGUGCUGCAUCUCCCUCUGCACAGUCACCUAUGGACCAGCUUCCACCAUCACCGCCUAAUGAUCAAGCGUCGUUCAACAUAACUGAGCAAGACCAUGCAGACACUAGAACCUCUCAUAUUUCAAGGAGGUCAAGCUUAGACCCCCGUCAGAGAUUAUAUCAGGAUAAUAGUACUACUCAGCAAACACUCCCUAACAAUGUCCAUUUUGUUGGUAAUUCACAGAGAACAAAUUCUUCCUCCGGUUUAUCAUAUCCUUCUCCUUCAAUGACAUCCUCUCAAGGGAGGAGUUUUGCUCCCUUCCCUAAGCAGCCAGAACUGAAAGCCAAGGUGGCUGAGUAUCUUGAUCAAGGCCGGGAACUACCAAUUUCUCAAAUUCCAGGUGUUACAGAGCUAUCAUCACUUCAUGCAAGUUCGUCACCUGGCCUUUCGAGUGUCCGUAGUGCUGAAUCCCCCUUGCAAGCAACUACUAGCAGUUUGCUAGCUGCUGUCAUGAGUAGUGGCAUUUUGGGUACUACAAAUCCUCCUGUAAUAACUGACAACUUGCCAAGGUUGAAUUCUGGAGAUGCAGCAGGACCUUUGUCAUCUCAAUCAGACUCCCACCCUCUUCUACCAGCUCUUAAUCCUGUUUCUACUAAGAGCAACCAGCCAUUAGAGGGGAGUGUAUCAGUUCGAACUACAGGCUCCCAGGGAGGACACAUGGAAAGGCCAUCUUUGCCACCUGGCCGAAUUCCUUCUGCCUCAAGUCCAGUCUCAAGCCUUUUGAGUACAUUGGUGGAGAAGGGGUUGAUAACUGCAUCAAAAGAGAAGUCUCCAACAUCUAAAGCUCUCAUCCAGAGUCCAACUGUGAAUAUUACUUCCGGACCUGCUCCAGCAUUUUCACUUUCUAAAGGAAAUUCGUCAUUGUCGAAGAAGUAUGACCAGGUUCUUGCAAAACCUGCUGCUAAAACAUCUGAUGCCUUACUGCAGCCUAUUGCAAGAGAUAAAAAAAGCCUGAUUGGGUUGAUGUUUAAGCCAGAUGUUAUUCGGCAGCCACAUCCCACCGUGAUUGAUGAUCUAUUAGAUGAUCUUCCUCAUCAAUGUCAUGUAUGCGGUCUUAAACUUAAGCUUGAAGAACAACUUGAUAAGCAUUUGAAUUGGCACGAAGCAAGAAGCCCAGAUGUGAAAAUGUUGAAUAAGGCUUCUAGGAAGUGGUUUGUAAACUCAACAGAAUGGGAUGUUGGAAAUACGAGCAGUUUAAUCGGAUGUCCUGCCAAAAAUUUAGAAUGUAAUGAAAUGGAUAUGGUCCCUGCGGAUGAAAGCCAGUGUUUGUGCAUCUUGUGCGGUCAGCUUUUCGAGGAUGUUUUCUGCGAGGAGAAGGAUCAGUGGAUGUUCAAAGGUGCUGUUUAUGCGAUUAGUCAAUAUUUGGGUAACCAGAUGUCAAGAAAUGAACCUAGCCCUGCUCCUCAAGGUCCCAUCGUCCACAAAAACUGCAUUACUGAGACUUCUCUUCAUGAUUUGGGGCUGGCUGAGGACAUUAAGGAGGAAGAUUGAUGCCUGUCCAAACUCCAAAUGCAUAAUUCUGGAGACUGGAUGGUAACAGCAUAUACACUUCAAGGUAUUUACUCUAUGACCUGCUUGGUCGUGAAAAAUCCGUGGCUCUUUUGGUAAUUACCGGCUUUAGUCCAGAUGAUGAAAAAUAUUGAAUGAGCAUAUGGCAAUAGUCUCUCUUUGUCAUCACUGUUCUUUUAUGUCUUUGUCUCCCUGCAUAGCCUGAGAUGGUGCCCUCCCUCCGAAGGGGAGAAUUUUGGUCAUUGAUGGGUAAAGUCUCGUUAGUAUGCUGGUGUGGCCUUUUUAUUUCUGGUGAUAUGCAUCUUAUAUUCACCUUCGUUGCCCUUGAUGCUAGAAUGCCAAGGGUUUUCAGGAAAAUGUUGGUGUACUGCAUCAAAUUGUUGUAAAUGAACAAUGAAAAACAGAUUUGAGAGAAAUGGUUCAAUGUCUUGAUUUCACCUUUUCAUUAAAAGAAAC